GAGAGAGAAGAAACUAUUCAAAAAGUUCCUUUCUAGACCAAAAACCCAAUGAUCCUAUAGGUCACCAUAUCACUUUCUCUCUUCUUUCCUUUUAGAUCCAAUUUACAUACAUUCAUACAUUUAGAUUACAAAUUACAGUGGAAAGAAGAACAAAGUACACCGUUCUUCCUCGGAUUUCGAGAUCGAAAAGGAAAACACCCACCUUCAAAGAUUUCAUUUUUAUUGGGAAAAAAGUCAGAAUCCGAGGGAGGGGACGAAGAGUAGGAGCAGAGAACAAACUUCUUGAGAGAGGGAAGUGUCGAUUCCUUUUUGGGUAUUUUUUUUUUCUUUUUGAUUUUAUAAAGGGGAAGGAAGGUUUUGGCUUUAGCAUGCAAGUGGGUUUUAAUAAAGGGGAAGGAGCGUUGAGGAGAGCGGAGGGAAGAGCUUAAGUGGGUGAAGAAUGCAGGACACCAAGAAGAAUAAUGGGGGAAAUGGAAAUCAAGAUUCCAACAAGAAGAAGGAGCGCCACAUAGUUUCCUGGACUCAAGAGGAAGAUGACAUACUUCGAGAGCAAAUUAGUCUACAUGGAACUGAAAAUUGGCCGAUCAUUGCGUCGAAAUUCAAGGAUAAAACAACAAGGCAGUGCAGAAGGAGAUGGUUCACAUAUCUGAAUUCUGAUUUCAAGAAAGGGGGAUGGUCUCCUGAGGAAGAUAUGCUCUUAUGUGAGGCUCAAAAGAUAUUUGGUAAUAGAUGGACAGAAAUUGCCAAGGUGGUUUCAGGCAGGACGGACAAUGCUGUAAAAAAUCGGUUCUCCACGCUAUGUAAGAAGAGGGCAAAGUAUGAGGCCUUAGCAAAAGAGAACAGUAAUUCAUACAUAAACCUGAAUAACGAAAGGAUUUUACUACAAAAUGGGUUGAAUACAGAUGGAACAAGAGAACAUACUGAACCUGCCAAGAGACCAAGGAGGACCCACAUAUCUGAUCCCACACAAGAUUGCAACUUUGAGGAUAGAUCACAUAAGUUAUCCGGAACCAUAAUUAACCCAGAGCUAAGAACCCCGUUUGCUGUAUUGGGUCAAAACCUAGAGAAUGUUAGCAAAAUGGCAAUGCAGCAUCAAGUCAACAAUGUUAAGGAGCUCCCGCAUAAUGCAGAUCAGAAUAAUAAGACUCAAGGAACUUUUCUGAAAAAGGAUGAUCCAAAGAUAAGUGCUUUGAUGCAGCAAGCAGAGUUGCUCAGCUCACUUGCAACAAAAAUUAAUACCGAGAACACAGAGCAGAGCCUGGAAAAUGCUUGGAAGGUUCUUCAAGGUUUCUUGAAUCAAAGCAAAGAAAAUGACAUCGUUGGAUUUAAAGUCUCUGAUAUUGAUUUUCACCUUGAAGAUUUCAAAGACUUGAUAGAGGACUUAAGAAGUAGUAAUGAGGGAAGCCAUCCGUCUUUGAGGCAACCCGAUCUUUAUGAGGCAUCUCCAGCCAGUUCAGAAUAUAGCACAGGAUCAACCCUAUUGCCCCAUCCAGCUGGUGAUAAGACAGAACAAACUCAAACUGAGACGGUUGCACUGCAUCAGGAUAUUAGAACUCAAUUGGAAACAAUUCAUACUGGCAUGCAGAAUUGCAUGCGUGAACAGGAGAAAGGGAUUCUUUCUGAUGCAAACACAAAUCAAGUAGAGAUAUUCGCAUCUUUUGACGGGCAAACAAACAAUGAUGGAGUUGUUUCAGUUCCAUCAAGUACAGAAUUCAGUUCCCCUAUCCAAGUUACUCCUAUGUUCAGAUCACUAGCAGCAGGAAUUCCAAGCCCCAAAUUUUCAGAAAGUGAGAGGAGCUUCCUCCUAAAAACACUUGGAAUGGAGUCCCCUUGUCCCAAUCCAAGCAACACCACUUCACAACCACCACCCUGCAAAAGAGCCCUCCUUCAUAGUCUAUAAUCCCUCUGAUAGUCUCACAUACUGAUGUCUAAACGGUCUAAAGUCAACCUUUCUCAUAGUUCAGUUUCUUGAGCAACAUAGCUCAUAUUGAGUUUUUAUAUAUCUUCUAUUUUUCUCUAAGUUGGGUUUGUUGGGUUGCAGCCAUCCUAGCCUGAAGUUUUACAAGGAGGCAUUUUAAGAUCUGUGAUCUCCCUGGUCUGGAAUGUUAUGGAACAUUCGAGCCUACCUGACACAUCUAACCUGGUGUCAUGAGUUUUCAUUUUCUCCCUUUUUCCUUCUUCUACUAGAGGAGUACUACCUGACUACUCACCAGUUUGUGCUUCAUAACUAGUGUGUCUCAUUCUUUUGUUUGUCUUCUCAUCCGAGCGGUUUCGGAUAUGUCCUCCUUUCUUAAUAUCCAGUUUUUCUUUGAUUUGUAAUUUUGUACAGAACCUACAACAUAAAUUCCUUGGAGUGUAACUACACAUCGGCAAUUUGCCCAUAUAUGAUAAUGAAACAGAAAGAAGAAAAAAAAAAAAAAAAAAAGAGAGAGAGAGAGAGAGAGAGAGACGGAAGAACAAGGGGAUUAACCAGUUGAAUGGAUUCUUAUGAGUUGUUUUUGAGUGUGAACAGGGUAUAGAAUAAGUCACUUGCUUUUUCCUUUCUCCAUUGAUAUCUAAUGUAAUGUGACUAGAUGUGAUCUGAGAGAAUAUAUGUAAUGGCUUUGG